UGUGUGUCACCACCCACAGGCACUCAGACCCGUGAAUGAUUGGACCGCGGAGUGAGCCAUCCCUCCACUUGACGAUCUGUGCAGCUAGCAGCAGUGCUAAGCUAACCAGCGGUCGGUGGAGUCGCGGUGACCGGGCAGAGUCGUUCCUCCUCCGGUAUGAUGCCAGGUGACAGCGACAUGAGCUCCAUCGUCCAGAGAAUCGCCCACCAGGCUCUCGUGACGUUCCGCAGCCCGCCCCGGGUCGGAGGGGCCGACGCCGGGAAGUGUUUCCUAGAGAACCUCGGGAAGCUCAAGAGCCUGAUGACGGAAGUGCGAGCGGCGGACCUGAAGCUCGUCCCGCGGAGAGCCGAGGACAGCCCGCCCGGUGUGGCCCCUCCGCUCCCCUUCCACCACGGAGCGCCCCCGGUCACCUACAUGCACAUCUGCGAGACGGAGCGCUUCAGCAUGGGGGUGUUCCUGCUGAAGAGCGGCGCCUCCAUCCCGCUGCACGACCACCCGGGGAUGCACGGUGUCCUCAAGGUCCUGUACGGGAAGGUCAGGAUCCGCUGCUUCGACCGGCUGGAGCGGCCGAGCGGCGGCGGCUCCACCGCGGCGUCUCCGCUCCCAGCGCCGGCCCAGGUGGGCUCUCUGCGGCGCUCCGUGCUCCGCUCCACCGGGGAGUACACGGAGGAGAGCGGGCCGUGCGUCCUCUCCCCUGACCGGGACAACCUCCACCACAUCGACGCUGUGGACGGCCCCACGGCGUUCAUGGACAUCCUGGCCCCGCCAUACGACCCGGACGACGGCAGGGACUGUCACUAUUACCGGGUCCUGGAGGCGGAUCCCGGGGAGCAGAAGGAGAAGGAGCUCUGGCUCAUGGAGAUCUCGCAGCCGCCGGAUUUCUGGUGCGGAGGAGAACCGUACCCGGGCCCGGCGGUCUCCCUCUGAUCCGUCCGAUAAACGUCUUCUUUUCUCGGCCUGGUUCAGUGACCUCGGACAAACUGUGGUUAAAUGUGUGAUCCAUGUGUGGAGCCGGGCCGAGCCGGGCCGGGCCGGGCCGAGGGUCAACACCUCCUGAAUGUAUCUGUGCAGGUGGAGGGAACAUCAGGUGACCUCAGUGUCUGUGCUGCAAAGACUGAAUUCAAAUUAUAAUCACACUUCCUCCAUCAGCUUCAUGCACUAAAGCUCCUCAGCCUCCAUCACAAAGGGAAUCAAACCAUUUUCAUGAAGCGUUUCUGCUCCUUCAUCAUUCAUCCACUGAAUCUGUGUUUUUCAUAGUUUAGUGUAUUUUCAGUCAGAGUCUUGUAGCUGAGGUCACCUGGACGUCUGCUGUCCUCCGCACGUCCCGGAUCCUGUGUGAGUCCAUGAGAAACUGUAGAAAUGUUUCAUCUCCAGGUUAAAGGGUUCAAAAACAGAAGACAUCACCAAGAUUGGACUUUGAGGACAUGAAUAUGUAAAAAAACAACAACAAAAAGGCCCCUGAGAGGUUUAUUGAUGCCAAGAAAUGAAGGAGUGAUGAUGUGCAGGGGCCUGAUGCUGCGUUCGAGAAGAGUCGCUGCUGCAAGUUUCUAAUCCAACAAAAAUCAGUUGAGAGUUUCUGCGGAACCCUGACGUCUAAUUUAAAGCAUCACACUGUGACCUUUAGAUGCACUGCACAACCUUAGACUGACCCAUGAUGUCCAUUGGUAAAAUGGUAACAUUUAGACGUCCUGCAUGAAAAAACACUGAGUUAUUUGGGUAAUUAUACAUUUGUCUGGGAUUUCCAGAUGUGUGGCUGCUCCUGAGCUGAAAUGUCUCUGCUGCUGCUGGUGGAAGUUUUCCCGGACCACUGAGGUGAAGGCGUCCAUGUGUUUAAACCGUCUUCCUGCUCGAGGUUUUGUCCUGUUUGUUUGUCGGAUGAAAAAACGUGUGAAUCUUCAGGUUUAUUCUUUAGUUUUGACUGAAAAUCAUCUAAAGCUGCAGGUUUUCUUGUGAUUAGGACUCAAGAGUUUGCUCCUCAGGACUGUUUGUGAUUUGCUGACUGAUUGUUUGUAAAGCUGUGCACUAAUUUCCCAUGUUUGAAAAGAGACGUUUUCCCUGUUCGCUUGAGCUCCAGCGUCGGAUUAAGAAUCAUAAAGUUGUUCAUGUCACAGUUUGAGUUUUUUUGAUUUAAUCAGACGAUUGAGGAGAAUCUGGAGCUGUUUUCAGACUUGAAAUAUCUGGAGAAUAAUGUGUGGACAUGUUGUGUAGACAUGUUGUGUAGUCAUGU